CUGCAUAUCAUCAACCGAGUUCCGAUCCCAACAGGAAUUUUGUCACUUUUGACAACAUGACAUCAAAUAUCCCAGACGAGGAGUUGGCCUUGAAAGUCAAGGAAUGGAUGGAAUGGGACCAGAACUGUACCACCAAAGCUGAAAUCCAGCAGCUCGUCGAUCAGAAAAAAUACGAAUACCUUAAGCAGGUGCUGUGUCAGAGGAUGUCCUUUGGAACGGCAGGCCUCAGGGGAAAGAUGUGCGCCGGUUAUGCCCGCAUGAACGAUCUGGUUAUCGUGCAGACAGCUCAAGGACUCCUCAAACACCUGGAGAACCAAUACUCGGAGGCUCUGAACAAGAACGGUCUGGUAUUGGGCUACGACGCUCGCCACAACAGCGAAAGAUUCGCCCAACUUACUGCACAAGUAUUUUUGAGUCAAGGUUAUAAGGUCAGGCUAUUCUCUAAAACCGUACCGACGCCGUUCGUACCUUUCGCCGUUUGGAAAUAUAAGACAGCUGCAGGUGUCAUGGUUACAGCUUCUCACAAUCCAAAGGACGAUAACGGCUACAAAGUUUACGGAUCGAAUGGUUGUCAAAUAAUACCUCCAGAUGAUAAGAACAUCCAGAAAGAAAUACUAAACAACUUGAAGCCAUGGGAUAAAUCCUGGGACUUAUCCCUACUCAAAUCUCCUAAUUUAAUUGAUCCUCUGGCGGAGACGAGCAAGGAUUAUUACAAGAUCUUGUCCGACUCUAUUCUGCCCGAGUACAAAUCGAACUCCGGCAAUCUGAAGAUCGCUUAUUCCGCAAUGCACGGCGUAGGCUAUCCUUAUAUAUUAGACGCAAUGAAAAUAGCCGGCAUCGAUGUGGUUCCAGUUAAAGAACAAGUUAUGCCCGAUCCGGACUUUCCAACUGUCACUUAUCCCAAUCCCGAGGAAGGUAAUUCAAUGGAAUAUUCGAUCAAAACCGCGGAUGCCGAAGGAUGCGAUUUGAUCUUGGCCAAUGAUCCGGAUGCAGAUCGUUUAGCGAUUGCGGUGCGCAUCGAUUCCGGUGAAUGGAGGAAGUUGACUGGUAACGAAAUCGGCGUUCUUCUGGGAUGGUGGUUGUUGAGUAAUUUCGAGAAGAGAUUCCCGGAUGUAAAUUUAGACAACGUUUACAUGCUGGCGAGUACCGUCAGCUCGAAAUUCCUUAGGGGGAUGGCAGAAAAGAAGGGUUUCCAUUUCAUCGAGACGUUGACAGGAUUCAAGUGGAUGGGCAACGAAGCUUUCGAUUUGAUACAUAAUGAAGGUAAGAAGGUGGUGUUUGCUUACGAGGAAGCCAUUGGUUACAUGUGCGGAGAUGGUGUCCUCGAUAAAGAUGGAGUAUCGGCAGCUCUUCAUUUUGCCACGAUGGCCAUGGAACUCCAUCGAAAUGGUCUAAGAGUUGAUCAACAGUUGAACGAACUCUUCACCGAGUACGGUUAUCACAUUACCAAUAAUUCGUAUUACUUCUGCCACGAUCCUCCAACGAUCACGAAGAUUUUCGAGAGGCUCAGAAAUUUCAAUGGUCCACAAUCAUAUCCUAAUAGUAUUAUGAAUGGGGUUUGUAACGUAACUUCCGUGAGGGAUUUAACUGUCGGUUACGAUAAUUCUCAGCCCAAUAACAAGCCAAUUCUUCCGGUAUCCAAAGGAUCCCAGAUGAUUACCUUCGAGUUCGACAACGGACUUAUUUGUACUCUGAGGACUAGCGGAACCGAACCGAAGAUCAAGUAUUACACGGAGCUUUGCGAUUCCUCCAAAGAUGCGAGUUACUUAAAAGUCGGAGAAAAUUUGAAAAUGUUGGUGGAUGGGUUGACCACGGAGUUACUUGAGCCGAAGAAAAACAAUCUAGCUCCAAGCGAGUGAUCUCGUUCAUAGGU